AUGGAACAACCAUCUCCUUCUGAUCUCGUUUUCACAGUUAGAAGACAGAAGCCUGAGCUUAUAUCGCCGGCGAAGCCUACUCCUCGUGAACUCAAGCCUUUGUCUGACAUAGAUGGCAGAGAUUUCAUACGUAUUCAAACUCCGUUCAUUCAUUUUUAUCGUUCUGAAGCUUCAAUGGCAGGGAAGGACCCAGUCAAAGUCAUCAGGGAAGCAUUGGCUCAAACACUUGUGUUUUACUAUCCAUUUGCAGGAAGAAUCAGGGAAGGUGAAGAUCACAAACUAAUGGUGGAUUGUAAUGAAGAAGGUGUUAUGUUCAUUGAGGCCGAUGCUGACGUCACUCUUCAACAGUUUGGCAAUGAUCUUCAACCUCCAUUUCCAUGCUUUGGAGACCUUCUUUAUUCUUCUCCUGCUUCUGAUCAAAUCCUUCGCUGUCCCAUCUUGCUUGUUCAGGUGACACGCCUGAAGUGUGGUGGUUUCAUCUUUGCUCUUCGCAUGAAUCAUUGUCUAUGUGAUGGAUAUGGUAUAGUCCAAUUCAUGAACGCCCUUGCUGAAUUAGCUAAAGGCGCAUCUGAACCCUCCAUUCAACCAGUGUGGCAUAGAGAACUUCUAAAUGCGAGAGACCCACCACGUGUUACUUGCACUCAUCAUGAGUACGAUGAAGAAGGAAUCGAAACCACGACAAAACCCUACACAAACAUUGUUCUUCGAUCUUUCUUCUUCGGACCAACUGAGAUUUCUUCCCUCCGUAGAUUACUCCCCGACCACCUUCGUCAAUCCUCCUCAUCAUUUGAGGUUGUUACAGCAUGCCUUUGGCUUUGUCGAACAAGAGCUUUACAACUAGAUCCACACAAAGAUGCUCGCAUGAUGGUGGUCGUCAAUGCACGUUUUGGACAUAACAGACUAAAUCCUCCAUUACCAAAAGGUUAUUAUGGCAAUGCUUCUGUGUUUCCUGCUGCAGUUUCAACUGUUGGUGAGCUUUGUGAGAGUCCAUUAAGGUAUGCUUUGGAGUUAGUGAAGAAAGCAAAGGCUGAAGUGAAUGAUGAGUAUUUUCACUCUGUGAUUGAUUUGGUAGCCACUAGACGACCGACAUGUUUUUUAACAGUAAGAUCAUGUAUGGUAUCAGAUUUGAGCAGACUUGGAUUCAGAGAUGUUGACUUUGGGUGGGGCAAGGCAGUAUAUGCUGGUCCUGCAAAGAGUGGAGUUCAAACAUUUCCAGGAGUAACUUUCUACAUUGGACACAGAAAUUGUAAAGGAGAGGAAGGUAGGGUGGGGCUUGUUUGCUUGCCACUUGAAUGCAUGGAGAGGUUUGCCAAAGAGUUGGAUCAUUUGCUUGGUGGUGUUCGAAUUAGCUUAUUUUGA